AAAUUUGUAAAGGAUAAUGGGAAGCGGAAGGUGUUUCAUCUAGGUAGUAAUUCUUCAUGCCGUCAACACAUAUGCAGCCACUACAAGUUCUACAAGGCCAGAUGUAGGGAGUUAAAGAUCGGGAGAACCACUAUGCGAUGCCUUGUGAAAUGUUGUGAGAGCUGGAGAAAGAGUCGAAAGGAAAGCAGAUGA